AUGAUCCAGUUAUCUUCCGACUUCGGCCUGAAGCUAUCUGUGGGGGUAUUCUUUCUGAGCUCGCUAUUCCUCACGACAUCCUACAAUACCACAUUCGCUUUUGAUCGCCCCGUUAGUACAUCCGUCCUGGUCUGCUUCCUUACAGGGAUCACUCUCUUGGUAUGGAGUCGAUUUGUCACCUUGGGAUCGUCGCCAUUGUCGCCAACAAGUAAAAGGCCAAUAAUCCCUCUUGCAGAGCAAUUCGAGUUACCUUCCCGCGCAUCAACCUCAUCUGUCGCACCGGGCGAUGUUGAGACUCGACCUCGGCUGCGAUUUCAGUCGUGGUGGAUGAAGAUCGGUCUCUUAUUGGGGUUGUGUGGCUUGCGCAUCGAGUCGUUCCGUCAAGUAACUCGGAACACUGAAUGCGCGCCCGCUGGAUACGCUUACGCUAUUCCUUUCGUUAUUUCGCUUUAUGACUACUGGCGCAACCAGCGAUCACGACAAGUGGACCGAUAUGUCCCUGCCCAACGAUUCGAAGAGCUGCCGUUGCAGGUGGUCUACUCUGUUUCCCGCCGGAGCUUCUACUAUCUCACGCAAAGUCGCUCCAGAGGUCUCAUUGCAGCAGCGUUUUUGUCUACUGGUGGCCUCUUGGCUUCAUCGCUCUCAGCCGGAACCCGCUCAACCUAUAUCUGUCCGAUUGUGUUACAUGGCGCAUCGCGCCUACAAUCAUACAGGCUGUUCAACCUGUUUGCUGACUCUGUUAUACUUAUCAGUGUCACCGAGCUAUGUCGGAUUGGCGCUCAAUUCGACGAUGCGCGUAGAAAACAAGCUUUGACAUCUCUUGGGGCUGGUCUCUUGGGUCUUUCUUUGCUCUGGAGCGUUGUGCAAGUCUUUGUACCAUUACCAGAUAGCUCUCCCGAACUUGCCGGUCAACCCAUGUUGGAUCUAGAGUAUUCGCGUGGGGCUUUCUCCCAGUCUGUGUUGGUUGUACUAAUGGUCUUAUCGGCCUGGCAUAUGUUGCCGCAUUUCGACAUCCUUGGAGUAUCGAUUAUAGGUGGUUUCAUGAUCAUGUACUUCUCCUAUCUUUCGGAUCUCACAGGAGCACAGUCACCAUUCCCAUUUGUCUCCCUAACCCAUGCUGUUCUCCCGCUGGCGGCAUCGUUGACGGGUGCCCUCCUGUUUCUUCUUGCACGAGUGGCUCAUAACGAAGAGCCGAAAUUAUACCGCACCAACAUUGCCAUACAAAUUCUUUUCGCCGUGCUGUGUGGGAUCAGUCUCGUUUUCGUAGUGAGCAAGCAUCGUCUAGAUGAGAUACACCCGAUCGAAUUCCUCAUCAAUGACGGCAAACUUCAACAUGAAAACUAUCUCGCUCAGGCGUCUAGGAGCAGGACUCUCGGAGAUGCUGUUAAUGAAUACCGGAGGCGAUAUAAUCAGCAUCCACCACCGGGCUUUGACGAAUGGUAUCGAUAUGCCACAAACCGAUCGUCAGCUAUUAUCGAUGAAUUCGAUCAGAUACACAAUAAUCUACUUCCAUUCCGAGCCCUGGCUCCGGAGCACAUACGUGCAAUGACGCAUGAACUGGCCACGAACCCUUUCAAUGAUCUCGGUGGAAUUAAGAUCCGCAACGGCACAGCCAUGGUGCAAGAAGGCAUCAAACCCACCCAUGCAUGGAUGGUGAAGGGUGCCGCGGACAUGAUGGAUAAUUUCGUCAAAUACCUCCCGGAUAUGGACUUGGUAUUUAAUCUGAACGAUGAACCACGAGUUGCAGUUCCCUGGGAGAAAAUCUCAAUGCUGAAUCGACAGACUGAGAUGCAAGCAAUGAUCCCCGCAGAACGCAUGGUGCAGACUUGGUCGACCAACCGAGAGGAAGGCUGGGCCCCGAUUGAACCGGCCGAUCAAACCAACAUCACCGUGUUCACUGACGGAGCAUGGAGGGGUGUCUUCGAUCCUUAUGUGAGCGCCGUCUGUCCGCCUUCAUCGAAGGCGCGCUCUCAGCGAGUCUGGAAUCGUCGUGAAAUCUGUCUGUCAUGCGUGUCUCCGCAUUCCAUGGGCCAAUUUCCUCUGAAUUUUAACAUCGCCUCUGAAAUCUGUCAUCAGCCAGAUCUUGCCUUCCUUCACGGUCUACUAAUCUCACCAGCCUCGUUUAAGGUGUCGCAAGAACUCAUCCCAGUGUUCAGCCAAAGCGCUCUCACAGGCUUCAACGAUAUCCUCUUCCCAAGCCCAUGGAACUACAUCGACAAAGCAAAAUAUGAACCCACGCACGAACACCCAGAUCCAGAAUACAGCCAAAAAGAGAACUCCCUCUACUGGCUCGGCAGCACAUCAGAAGGCGUCAGCCGCUUCGGCGAGUGGAAAGGCAUGCCACGCCAGCGCUUCGCUCACCUAAUAAACAACAACACCAAUAAUCAAGUUUCCGUUCUCCUCCCAACCGACUCAAACGAAAACUCCUUCCGCUACGAAAUAAUGGACGGCAACGCCCCCACCUCAGACCUCCAUCUCCAAACCGCCGUCCACCUCGCCGACCCUAUCGUCCGUUGCGAAGACUGCGCCGAACAAGCCGCAGAAAUGGGAACCGCGGGCUGGGCAGACUUCCAAGCACACUGGUCCCACCGUUUCCUCUUUGACCUUGACGGCGCUGGGUUCAGCGGCCGCUUCCUCCCUUUCCUACACAGCCGCAGCCUGCCCCUCAAAACAGGUCUCUUCCGUCAAUGGUUCGACUCUCGUGUUACUUCCUGGCUGCACUUUGUCCCUGUCGAUAUCCGCCUCCAUGGCCUGUGGAGUACCCUUGCUUACUUUGCGGGUGUGUCUGCUCCCGGGCCUGAGGGGAGUAGUUCUGAUCCCCCGCCGAUGCGUAUGAAGGCGCAUGAUCAGGAGGGAAAUUGGAUUGCAGAGGAAGGGCGGAAGUGGGCUGGUACAGCGUUGAGGAAGGAGGAUAUGGAGAUUUAUUUCUUCCGGCUGCUUUUAGAAUGGGGUCGACUUACGGAUGAUCAGCGUGAUGUUCUUGGAUUUGGGCGUUGA